AUGCCAGUGAGUCUAGGCCUCUCGUUGUGCUGGAAUUUGAACGCAGAGCACGUGCACCCCGCGCACCAGCCGUGCGGGACGAGAAAGCUGGUUUCCAUCUUUAUUUUCUUCCGAGGGCUGAAGGCUGGUAAAGAGGAACAGAUCCAAAUAGAAUUACGAAAAAGCAGACCGAGACCGUAUGGGUUAGUGAUUCCAAUUAGUACCAAUGCAGACGGAAGCUACGUCUCCAAUAUCCUCUCUGCAAGUCACCAAAGAAGAUCAACGCGGGAGGUAUCCCAAAGCCCCAAACAGCUGUAUUUUAAUGUCACUGCAUUUGGAAGGGAAUUCCAUCUCCGGCUGAAACCCAACACUCGUUUAGUGGCUCCCGAGGCGGUAGUGGAGUGGUACGAAGACUCUGUGGAAACUGGAAACGAUGCUGGUAACACGAGUCAGACUAGAACUGCUGCAGAGAGAUUAUGGAAAAGAGAGCCCCUGUGGACCAACUGCGCCUAUGUGGGAGACAUAAGUGACAUCCCCGGAGCUUCUGUGGCUAUUAGCAAUUGUGACGGUCUGGCUGGAAUGAUAAGAACGGAUAAGGAUGAAUACUUCAUUGAGCCUUUGGAAAGAGGAAAGCAAAUGGAAGAGGAGAAGGGAAGAAUCCACAUGGUGUACAGGCGGUCAGCUGUAGCGCAGCAUCCCACCGACACGCUCCCCGACGUCCAUACAGAAGGGUCUCUCCUUGGCAGCCUGGGAGAGCUGAGUUCCCUGUACAGCGGCGUGGAGCAGCAACUGAACGAAACCCUGAGGCGACGCAGGCACGCGGGAGAUGAUGACUACAACAUUGAGGUGCUGCUAGGCGUGGAUGACUCUGUCGUCCGAUUCCACGGCAAAGAACACGUCCAAAACUACCUCCUCACCCUCAUGAACAUAGUGAACGAGAUCUACCACGACGAAUCCCUGGGCGUCCACAUAAACGUGGUGCUGGUCCGAAUGAUCAUGCUGGGCUACGCAAAGUCCAUUAGCUUGAUCGAAAGGGGGAAUCCCUCGAGAAGCUUGGAGAACGUUUGCCGCUGGGCAUAUCAGCAGCAGAAGUCGGACCCCAGUCACUCCGAGCACCACGAUCAUGCCAUCUUCUUAACCAGGCAAGAUUUUGGGCCUGCUGGUAUGCAAGGAUACGCUCCUGUUACCGGCAUGUGUCACCCGGUCCGAAGCUGUACUCUCAACCACGAGGAUGGGUUUUCAUCGGCUUUCGUUGUCGCUCAUGAAACCGGUCAUGUGCUGGGAAUGGAGCACGACGGGCAAGGGAACCGCUGCGGGGACGAGACGGCGAUGGGGAGCGUCAUGGCUCCCCUGGUGCAGGCUGCCUUCCAUCGGUACCACUGGUCCAGGUGCAGCGGCCAAGAACUCAAGCGAUACAUACACUCUUACGACUGUCUUCUUGACGACCCUUUCGAACACGACUGGCCCAAGCUUCCUGAGCUGCCUGGCAUCAACUAUUCCAUGGACGAACAGUGCCGCUUUGAUUUUGGCGUUGGCUAUAAAAUGUGCACAGCGUUCCGAACCUUUGACCCGUGCAAGCAGUUGUGGUGUAGCCAUCCAGACAACCCAUAUUUCUGUAAGACGAAGAAAGGACCUCCGCUCGAUGGGACAGAAUGUGCCCCUGGGAAAUGGUGCUACAAAGGUCACUGCAUGUGGAAGAACGCCAACCAGCUGAAGCAGGACGGCAACUGGGGACCCUGGACGAAAUUUGGCUCCUGCUCACGAACCUGUGGAACUGGAGUUCGCUUCCGAACACGCCAGUGCAACAAUCCAAUGCCCGUUAACGGAGGUGAAGAUUGUGCUGGUGUCAACUUUGAGUUUCAACUCUGCAACACCGAGGAGUGUCCGAAGCACUUUGAGGACUUCAGGGCGCAGCAAUGUCAGCAACGCAAUUCCCACUUCGAGUACCAGAACAGCAAGCACCACUGGCUGCCGUAUGAACACCCGGACUCCAGCAAGCGAUGUCACCUGUACUGCCAGUCCAAAGAAACCAGAGACAUCGCUUACAUGAAGCAGCUGGCGCACGAUGGGACUCGCUGCUCCUAUAAAGAUCCCUACAGCAUCUGUGUCCGUGGAGAAUGCGUGAAAGUGGGCUGUGACAAGGAGAUUGGCUCCAAUAAGGUUGAAGAUAAGUGUGGCGUCUGCGGCGGGGAUAACUCUCAUUGCCGAACCGUGAAGGGAACCUUUACCCGCACUCCCAAAAAGCUUGGAAAACAUUUAAGCAAGAGGUGCCAAAAAGAACUCAAGUUUCUGGAAAAUGAAAUCUGGAAGACGAGAGGAGCAUUUACGCUGCCCAAAGGAGCUCGCAAUAUUUCUCUUUCUGAGACAAAGGACUCUAAAAACACGCUGGGGUACCUUAAGAUGUUUGACAUCCCUCCUGGUGCUCGACAUGUGUUUAUCCAAGAAGACGAGGCUUCUCCUCACUUUCUUGCAAUUAAGAACCAGGCUACGGGACACUAUAUUCUGAACGGGAAAGGGGAGGAGGCCAGAUCCCGAUCCUUCAUCGACCUGGGCGUGGAGUGGGAGUACAACAUAGAAGACGACAUAGAAACGCUCCACACCGACGGGCCCUUGCACGAUGCAGUGGUUGUGCUGAUCAUUCCUCGGGAGAAUGACACGAGAUCCAGCCUGACUUACAAAUACAUCAUUCAUGAGGAUUCAGUACCAACUAUCAACAGCAACAACGUCCUCCAGGAGGAAAUAGAUACCUUCGAGUGGGCGCUGAAGAGCUGGUCGCAGUGCUCCAAACCCUGCGGUGGAGGGUUCCAGUACACCAAAUACGGGUGCCGCAGGAAAAGCGAUAACAAAAUGGUUCAUCGCAGCUUCUGUGAAGCCAGCAAAAAGCCCAAGCCCAUUCGUAGAAUGUGCAACCUUCAAGAGUGCACCCAGCCGCUCUGGGCCGCAGAUGAGUGGGAAUACUGCACAAAAACCUGUGGGAAUUCCGGCUACCAGAUCCGCACUGUGCGUUGCAUCCAGCCCCUUCAUGAUGGCGCGAACCGCUCCGUCCAUUCCAAGUACUGCAGCGGAGACCGCCCCGAGAGCCGCAGGCCGUGCAACCGCGUGCCCUGCCCUGCGCAGUGGAAAGCUGGACCUUGGUCCGAGUGCUCUGUGACCUGCGGGGAGGGAACCGAGACCCGGCAGAUCCUGUGCCGUGCUGGCGACCAGUGCGAUGGAGAAAAGCCAGAAUCGGCGAGGGUCUGUAAGCUCGCCCCCUGUAACGACGAGCCCUGUCUGGGAGACAAAUCUAUCUUCUGUCAAAUGGAGGUGCUCGCACGUUACUGUUCCAUCCCUGGCUACAACAAGCUGUGCUGCGAAUCCUGCAGCAAGCGCAGCAGCACCCUCCCGCCGCCCUUCCUUACAGAAGCUGCUGCAACGGCAGAGGACAUGAUGUUCGACCAGGGCGACCUGGACCUGCCCAGGGCUCCGACGAUGCCAACGCCCACGGCGCCCCGCCACGCGCAGCUCCUGCCGGGGAGGAGUCCCCUGGGCAGGCUUCCUUCUGCAGAAGAGGCCGUGGAUGCGCACGUCUCCCCGUCCAAUGCCAAGCCCAGAGGUGCUGAAUUCCCGCAGCGGAGAGCUCCUCAGGCGAGGAAGACUUCUGGUAGGCUGUUGGCUCUGCUGCACCAGUCACCGGCCAACAGCAGCAGUCUGGGCCCUCGGAAUGGCCUUGCCGUGGCAGCAGCCAUCCCCAUGGCACCAGCAAAUAACACGGCAGCGGGUGCUCCUUCUCCACCCAGAACCUCCAGGAAGAGCGAGAAGCACGUUGAGAAGAGACCUCAGAGGUCCUCCACUGUGGAAAGAUGA